UGGCUUGCAAAAUAAUAAAAAUAAGAAGCAACUGAAGGAUGAGAAACAAUACAGAAAUAACCGAGUUUAUUCUCCUGGGAUUGACAGACGACCCAAAGCUUCAGGUUGUGAUCUUUGUCUUUCUACUGAUCACCUACAUGCUCAGCAUCACUGGGAACCUGACCAUCAUCACCCUUACCCUAUUGGACUCCCACCUCCAGACUCCCAUGUAUUUUUUUCUCAGAAAUUUCUCCAUAUUAGAAGUUUCAUUCACAACUGUCAGUAUACCCAAGUUUCUGGGUACCAUUAGUUCAGGACAUAAAACCAUUUCUUUUAAUAAUUGCAUAGUUCAGUUAUUUUUUUUCAUUCUCUUGGGUGUCACUGAGUUCUACCUUCUGGCUGCCAUGUCCUAUGAUCGUUACAUUGCCAUCUGCAAGCCCCUGCGGUAUACAACCAUCAUGAAUAGAAGAGUCUGUUCGCUGCUUGUCUUUGCAUCUUGGCUGGUUUCAUUCUUAAUCAUAUUCCCAGCACUCAUGUUGCUCUUAAAGCUUGAUUACUGUAGGUCUAAUGUUAUUGACCAUUUUACCUGUGAUUAUUUUCCCCUGCUGCAACUUUCCUGUUCAGACACAAAAUUCUUAGAGGUCAUGGGGUUUUCCUGUGCUGUGUUUACUCUAAUGUUCACCUUGGCAUUGAUAUUUCUGUCUUACAUAUACAUCAUCAGAACAAUUUUGAGAAUUCCUUCUACUAGUCAGAGGACAAAGGCCUUUUCUACGUGUUCUUCCCACAUGAUUGUCAUCUCUCUCUCUUAUGGAAGCUGCAUUUUUAUGUAUGUUAAACCCUCGGCAAAAGAUAGAAUGUCUUUGAGCAAGGGAGUUGCUGUGCUGAACACCUCGGUAGCCCCCAUGCUGAACCCUUUUAUUUACAGCCUGAGGAAUCAGCAAGUCAAGCAAGCCUUCAUGAACAUAGCAAGGAAAACAGUACUUUUCUCGAGUACAUGAAGUGAUGUGGCAUGAUUAAUUAUAGGCACAGAGAAGGACAAUUUAAAACAUGAAUGUAAAUUUUUAGUGGCUUCUCCUAAUCAAAAUGGCCU